AUGCUCAGCGUCAAUCUUUCUAUCGUGAAAGCAACCAUCUUCUCCCUUCAAUCUCAUUUUGUAGGGUCGUUCUUCUUACUCUUGGCUCUAAGCUAUGUUUAUGAUAGAUAUCGGCCUGGUCUGUCUUGUAUUCCCGGUCCGCCUCUCGCAAAGUGGACAAAACUUUGGAGACUCUACGAUGUUUACAACGGUCAAUCUCAUCAGACGGCUAUAAGACUACACAAAAAGCACGGCCCGCUUGUUCGAAUUGCACCCAACAUUAUAUCUGUUGGUGAUCCUGCAGCCAUCAAAACCAUCUACGGAUUGACUGGCGCAUUCACCAAGUCAGCAUUCUACCCUAUUCAGAGUAUUUCUUGGAACAAGAAACCGCAAAUGAACCUCUUUUCAACACGGGACACUGUUUAUCACCGUGAACAGAAGAAAAAGGUCGCGCAUGCUUACAGCUUGACCAGCCUUCUCGGAUCCGAAGAGGCAAUGGACUCCUGUACUGAACUCUUCACUUCACGCCUCGACGAAUGGGCCACGACAGAUAAGCCCAUUGAUCUAGGCGCGUGGCUUCAGUAUUACGCUUUCGACGUCGUUGGUGAAGUAACCUUCGCACAGAAACUAGGGUUUUUGGAGACUAGCGCAGAUGUUGACGGCAUGAUGGAGACCAUUGAGGGUAUCCUCUUCUACGCAGCUUUGUGUGGGCAGGUGCCUGAGAUGCACCCAUUUCUGCUGGGUAACCCCUUGUUUCCGUAUUUGAUUCCAGCCAUGGAGUCAUGGAAUGCCGUGUUGACCUUCACCCUAAAGGCCAUCAAUUCUCGGACAACUAUCCAGCGGGACGGCGAACUGGAGCUUAAUGGUGACGGAGGCAGGGACUUCCUCUCAAAGUGGGCUGCAGUCAAGAAAAGGGAUCCGCUCAAGAUGAGUACCCGAGAUGUUAUUACACAUCUCUCAACCAACGUAUUUGCCGGCUCAGAUACUACCGCCAUCGCUCUCAGAGCAAUUGUUUACUUCCUCAUCAAACAUCCAGAAAAAAUGAGAAUGGUUGUAGAAGAGAUCGACACAGCUGAUAAAAGCGGAAAGCUCAGCGACCCUAUCUCAUACAAGGAAUCCACUGGUCAUCUGCCAUACAUGGGAGCUGUGAUCAAAGAAGCGAUGCGGCUACAUCCCUCUGUCGGGCUCCUCAUGGAGCGGCAUGUCCCGCCCCAGGGCGCAGAGAUAUGCGGGCAGUUCAUUCCCGGAGGCACAGUCGUCGGCAUCAACCCAUGGGUUCUUCACUCGGACCCCAGCGUGUACAAGGAUCCUAAAUCCUUCAUUCCUGAGCGCUGGUUAACUGCAGACGCGGGGUUGCUCUCCAAGAUGGAACAUAGUUUUUUGACUUUCGGCGCAGGCUCGCGAACUUGUAUUGGAAAGUAUAUUAGCCUGAUGGAAAUGCACAAGGUAGUGCCGCAGUUACUUAGGAGGUAUACUAUCAAGUUGGAGGAUCCCAAGGCUGAGUGGCGAACAUCGAACCGUUGGUUCGUACAGCAACAUGGGCUUAUUUGCACCCUGAAGAAAAGAACAUGA